AGAUAAGUUUGAUAGGCUGUGCUCUGGUGCUCCAUGCAAUCUAAUCGCACUCGAGCUGGGCUUGACUGAUCUCUUCUUGCUGCAAAGUGGAAAGUACACGUGUUUUGAUUUGAAGAAAAUGUGCUGGCUGUCUGUAGGUAUCUUCUUGUUCAUCUUCAGCUCUUCUGAAGCUGCUCUCCCUCCUCCCUGCGACAGUGAGAUCUACUGCACAGGAGAGCUCUUAAGACAGGUGCAGACAGCGAAACUGUUUGAUGACAACAAGGUCUUUGUGGAUAUGAAGCUGACUGCAGCCCCUGAGGUUGUUUUAGAUGCCUUCUCCAAUCUAACAUGGAGGUUUCCAAAUGGGACCGUUCCUGCUUCUGAUCUGAGGGUGUUUGUGAACACGUACUUUGUGGGUGAUGGGAAAGAAUUUGAGCCAUGGACUCCACCUGACUGGCGUGAAAAGCCUAAAUUCCUGUCCAAGGUUUCUGACUCAAAUCUUUGCAGCUGGGCCGAGGAGUUGCAUGGUUUGUGGAAGUCACUUGGCCGAAAAAUCAGUACGGAUGUUAAAGACAACCCUCAGCUGCACUCUAUGAUAUAUGUCCCAAAUCCAGUCAUUGUGCCCGGUGGACGCUUCACUGAGUUUUACUACUGGGACUCAUACUGGGUGUUAAAUGGUCUCCUCCUGUCUGAGAUGACAGAUACAGCCCGAGGAAUGAUCCAGAACUUCUUAUACAUGGUGGACAGAUAUGGUUUUGUCCCCAAUGGGGGUAGAGUUUACUAUGAGCGACGCAGCCAGCCACCCUUCCUCUGCCUAAUGGUGGAGAGUUUCUAUGAGGCCACCAAAGACAUAGAAUUUAUCAGGCAGGCCUUACCAACGUUAGAGAAGGAGUACAGUUUUUGGAUGGAGAAUCGUUCUGUUGCUGUGGAAAUGGAUGGAGCAAAGCAUGUCUUGAAUCGGUAUGAUGUACAGGUGGGCCAGCCCAGGCCAGAGUCUUAUACACAUGAUGCAGAGCUAGCAGAGGGCUUACCUGCAGAGGCUCGGGAGAAGCUGUGGACAGAGCUAAAAGCAGCAGCUGAGUCUGGUUGGGACUUCUCCUCACGUUGGUACAUAGACAGCUUAGGUCAAAACACUGGCUCAUUCAGGGACACCAGCACCAGCUCUAUCCUGCCCGUCGAGCUCAAUGCUCUCAUGUGCCGCAGUGAGCACCUCCUGGCCACCUUCUCAAGGAUUCUGGGUGAUGAGGAGAGGGCAUUGGUGUAUGACCGUGCAGCCUCUGCCAGGCUGAAGGCCAUAGAGAGUGUAUUAUGGGAUGCAGAGAAGGGAACUUGGUUUGAUUACAAUUUGCUGAGUGGGGCCAGGCACCCAGCCUUCUACCCAACUAACCUGAGUCCUCUCUGGGCACGGUGCCAUUCUCAGCCUGGCAUGGGAGAGCUAGCCCUGCAGUAUCUAAAAGCUAGUGGAGGUCUGGACUACCCUAAUGGCAUUCCCACUUCUUUGAGUGAGACUGGUCAGCAGUGGGACAUGCCUAAUGCCUGGCCUCCACUCCAGCACAUACUUAUAGAAGGCCUGUCACAGCUUGACUCGGCAGAUGCCAAAGAGCUGGCCUUUGAUUUAGCCCAGCGGUGGAUUCGAACAAACUGGGAUGCUUAUGACAAAUACGAAGCCAUGUUUGAGAAGUAUGAUGUCAAUGGGGAUGGCAAACCUGGAGGAGGUGGCGAAUAUGAAGUUCAGUUGGGGUUCGGCUGGACCAACGGUGUCGCUCUGCAGCUGCUGGACCAAUAUGGUGACAGGCUCAGCUCUGGGAGUAGUGUCCUAACUUCUGGUCUUCUGGUUUAAUGGAUUUAUGUACCCCAUUCUUAAAGCACUGUUGUGAUCAUGUAAUGGCUUCUGUGUUCUUUGAGGUAAACAAAUAUAUUAAGCCCACAAAACUAAAUCUGAGUUCUAAUGUGAAAGCAGUUAUUUAAACAAAUUUAAUUUGUUAUAUUUUGGUGACACUUUAUUUGUGUAGUCCAUUGUAGUGUAGUGUCUGGUGUUGAGUAGGAUCUUAACCUGAUUUAACGUAAAGGGGAAUUUCACCUAUUUCAGAAAUUAUGCAUAAGUAAGUCAUAAAAAUGUAAAAUGUGGCACAAUGCACGCCUACAGUGCGUCUAAAAUGAAUAUUCAAUGCGGCCUAUCACACAAACUGUUCAUAGCCCUUAGCUUGAGAAACGCAGGGUUUAAAAGGCACAGUGCAAUAAUGAAGCUAUUGACAAGCUUGAGACGAAACAGAAAAUGAUGAAGAGAUGAAGAGAUAGCAGUGUUAAUCAAUAAAGUUCUUACCCACCAAAACA